AUGGAAGACUCUGGAGACAGCAUUCGAUCGCCAUCAGCAAGCAUGAAUUUAAUUGAAGAGGAUGAUGAGCCUGCCUGGACUUAUACCUAUGAUCCGGAAGAUGCCGAAGGAAUGGACGACGACGAUGAGUACGACCCCGACUUUCAAGACGAGCCAGAGGAAGAAGACGGAGACGAUGAUGAUGAGUAUCACGAUGCUGAGGACGGCGAGGACAGCAACGUAGAGGUGGAAGUGUUCAUGGGUGCUGGCGACGAGGACGACGAUGAUGCUGAGGAAGACGGCAUGGCCGCUAAUCCAAUAUCGAGACUCAUGACUCUCAUCACCGGUGCUGCGGGCAACGGAACGGGGUUUCUUACACGAGCACAGCUGCUAGGCCUCAUCCAAAGUGGCGAAGUGACAUUACGCACCACUCACGACGAAGAAGACGAUGACGAAGAUAUUGGCUGGGGAAGAAGACGCAGACGGCCUCGCGCACGGGAGCCGAAUCGGUUCCCUAAAGUACCGAGCGAAGAGGGCACGAAGUUGAUGCACUCUGGCGUUUUCGGCGCAAACGAUUACCGAGUCACGAAGAAGAAGCAACUGGCACGCAGGAUAUUAGACCGUGAGCUUGGUCUGGGGGAUAGGCGCGACCGGAAGCAGAACCAAGAUCUCAUGGCCCAGGGCAUGAUACCCUCGACGAACCCCGAAAUGAUUGUGCACUACGACGACCCAGUGUAUUCCGGCCAGUUCUCCGACGACGGUAAUUUCUUUUACGCCUGCGGUCACGACUUCAAGGUCCGCAUGUACGACACCUCGAAUCCGUACAAUUGGAAAUAUUAUAAGACGGUCCAUUACCCCUGGGGACAGUGGACAUUGACCGACGCAUCCUUAAGUCCUGACAACCGCUGGCUCGCUUAUACCUCAAUCCAAAGCAACGUUUGUCUGGCACCUACGGAUCCCAACGACACGGGAGACCCAUACACAUUGGAUCUGGCAGAGAGGAGUGCGGGAACUCGACACGCAGGAUGGCGAUCGAGACAUUCCUUUGGUAUUUGGUCUGUCAGAUUUUCGGGAGAUGGUCGUGAGCUCGUGGCCGGCACCAACAUGCAGUCGAUCGUCGUCUAUGAUAUUGAAUCGCGCACUGUGUUACACAAUGUCGUCGGCCACGAAGACGACGUGAACGCUGUGUGCUUUGCAGACAAGUCUUCUCCGCACAUUCUCUACUCUGGAUCAGACGAUGCCACCAUCAAAGUCUGGGAUCGACGUAGUAUGGGAGACGGCCGGCCAGCUGGCGCUUUCGUGGGCCACGUCGAAGGUCUCACGUACAUUGACAGUAAAGGCGACGGUCGAUACAUUCUGAGUAACGGCAAGGACCAGACGAUGAAGCUUUGGGACUUGAGAAUGGUCAUGUCCACGGCCAAGUACGACGAGGUCAACCCCACUAGGUUAACCAGCAACAGCGACUUCGAUUACCGGUGGGGAACAUAUAGGGACGAAGACUGGUUCCCGCACCCCAACGAUAACUCGUUGGUGACGUUCAGAGGACAUCGUGUAAUGCGCACGCUGAUUCGAUGCCACUUUUCACCGCCAUCAAGUACCAAUUCGCGUUACGUCUACUCUGGUAGUCAGGAUGGCAAGGUUUACAUUUGGAACAUGGACGCCACGCUCGCUGGUACCAUCGACGUGAGGAAGGCCACCAAGAACUCGCGGCCACUGGAGCGCAGAUACCGUAUAUAUCACGGCGACGACUUCCCCGGUUGGAACACGUGUGUGCGUGACGUGAGCUGGCAUCCCAAUGCGCCAGUCCUCGCUGCGUCUGCAUGGAACGGAUUCAACAUGGCUCAUGGGACCUGCACGCUGCAUUCGUACAACGAAGCCGAAGAUGACGAGGCAGAGCCGCCAAUGGGUCGCAAUGUCGACGAGAAGCUGCGCCCCGUUGGCGAAUCAUUCCAAAGCUAG